GGCGGCAGAAGGCAGGGGCUGCCUGGCUGGGAGACAGGGAAGGAGAGAGCGGCAAGGGCAGCCUACAUACGCAACUCGGGUGUGUAGGACGUGGUGUUCGAAUCCUGCCACCUCUGCCUGGGUCCUCCGGAGGGGAAAGUUGCAGUGUGUGUGGUAGUGAUGUACCUUGCUGCCUCGUGAAAAUGAAGAAGGCAGGGGGCUGCCAGACACUCCUGCGUUAAGCCCCCGGUAGAAUUCAGUGCUUUUGGAAUUUGGUGCCCUUUUCUGUCUUCUGGGAAGAAUCUUUCUUUGCAACUGCGGCUUGAAGUCACGAUGGAGCUGUGAAGGAGGAAGGGAAAGAACUGAGAGUGCACUUGCAAUGCACUCCUGAGUCUUCAUUUGCAAGCCUCAGGUUUAAAGGAUCCAUGAAAUGGCCACAGAUGACAAAGCAUCUCCGACGUUGGACACUCUGAACGACCUGCCCUACUCUCCUGGCAGCCCGUCUCACCUUACGCACUUCAAACCUUUGACUCCUGACCAGGAUGAACCCCCAUUUAAAUCUGCCUAUAGUUCUUUCGUGAAUCUCUUUCGUUUCAGUAGAGACGAUGGUCGUCUUGCUUCCUCCGUGGAGAGAGCAGAGACAGGACAGGGUGAUCAACAGACGCUGAAUGCAAGUUGGUCAAGUCCACAACAUACUUUGAGGUCACAGUCCCUAAGGUCGUCACCUGUACCUUACAAAAAAACCCAGCCGUCUGGGGAGUUGCAGAGAAGAUCUUCAGCAUCUUUAGACAAUCGAAGAAAAGAACCUCCCCUUGGCGGUCAUGAUCCUCGAACGGCUGUUCAGCUUCGAAGCCUCAGUACUGUUCUAAAACGUCUAAAAGAAAUCAUGGAAGGAAAAAGCCAGGACAGUGAUCUGAAGCAAUACUGGAUGCCGGACAGCCAGUGCAAGGAGUGCUAUGACUGCAGUGAGAAAUUUACCACCUUUCGCCGCAGGCACCACUGCCGGCUGUGCGGGCAGAUUUUCUGCAGCCGCUGCUGCAACCAGGAAAUCCCUGGGAAAUUCAUGGGUUACACAGGUGACCUCCGAGCUUGCACUUACUGCCGUAAGAUAGCCUUAAGCUACGCUCACUCCACAGAGAGUAACUCCAUUGGGGAAGACUUGAAUGCUCUGUCUGACUCUGCCAACUGUGUGUCAGUACUGGAUCCUGGGGAACCGCGGACUCCGGUUGGCAGCAGAAAAGCCAGCCGCAACAUAUUCCUCGAAGAAGACCUUACCUGGCAAAGCUUGAUUCACCCAGACUCUUCCUCCUCCACUUUAUCGACACGUCUUGGGUCUGUUCAGGAGGAAGCAGGGAAGUCUCCUGCUCGGAACAGAUCAGCCAGCGUUACUAACCUGUCCCUGGAUCGCUCUGGAUCUCCCAUGGUCCCUUCCUAUGAGACAUCUGUCAGUCCACAAGCUAACCGCACAUACGCCAAGGAGGCCAACGAGGACGAGCGCAAAAUUCUCCUGGACUCAGUCCAGCUAAAGGACCUGUGGAAGAAAAUAUGCCAUCACAACAGUGGCAUGGAGUUCCAGGAUCAUCGCUAUUGGCUGCGAACGCAUCCCAACUGUAUCGUGGGGAAGGAGCUGGUCAACUGGCUCAUGAGGAACGGCCAUGUCACCACCAGAGCUCAAGCUAUUGCAAUUGGUCAGGCUCUGGUAGACGGGCGCUGGCUGGACUGUGUCAGCCACCACGAUCAGAUUUUCAGAGAUGAGUAUGCGCUCUACAGACCACUGCAGGUCAAGAAAUGUAGCAAGAAGGCUGCGAAACCUUCCGUGAAAAGAAAGAGCACAGAAUUUUCUGAAACUCCUUCUCCAGACAGUGAUUCGGUCAACUCGGUGGAGGGCCAUUCUGAGCCAUCCUGGUUCAAAGACAUCAAGUUUGACGACAGCGACACAGAGCAGAUUGCAGAAGACGGAGAUGAUAACUUGACCAAUUCUGCCAGUCCUAGCAAGCGCACCUCAGUCAGCAGCUUCCAGUCUGCCAUGGACAGCGACUCAGCUGCUUCCAUCAGCCUGAACGUGGAGCUGGACAACGUGAACUUCCAUAUCAAGAAGCAUUCCAAGUACCCCCACGUGCCCCCUCACCCUGCCGACCAAAAAGAGUACCUGAUUGCCGACAACGGAGGACAGCAGAUGAUCUCAAUAAGCGACGCUUUUAUCAAAGAGUCGCUGUUCAAUCGGAGAGUUGAAGAAAAAUCCAAAGAGCUGUUUUUCACACCCUUGGGCUGGCACAACAGCAGCCUGGACCUUCUGAGGGAGGAGAAUGGGGAAAAACAAGCCAUGGAGAGGCUGCUCUCAGCUAAUCACAACCACAUGAUGGCGCUGCUGCAGCAGUUGCUCUACAACGAGUCCUUGUCUCUCUCCUGGAGGGAUAUGAUUGUGCCCGUGGUCUGCCAGGUGGUUCAGACGGUCCGACCCGACGUCAAGAACAGGGACGAUGACAUGGACAUCCGUCAGUUUGUCCAUAUCAAAAAAAUUCCAGGUGGAAAAAAAUUUGACUCGGUUGUGGUGAAUGGCUUUGUUUGCACCAAGAACAUAGCACAUAAAAAGAUGAACUCCUGUAUCAAAAACCCCAAAAUUCUUAUGCUGAAGUGCUCCAUCGAAUAUCUCUACCGAGAAGAAACAAAGUUUACCUGCAUAGAUCCCAUUGUCCUUCAGGAAAGGGAGUUCCUGAAGAACUAUGUUCAGAGGAUAGUGGAUGUCAGGCCGACUCUGGUCCUGGUUGAAAAAACUGUGUCCCGUAUUGCCCAAGACAUGCUGCUGGAACAUGGCAUCACUUUGGUCAUUAACGUUAAGCCGCACGUCUUGGACAGAGUAAGCCGGAUGACUCAAGGAGAUGUGCUAAUGUCAAUGGAUCAGUUGCUGACCAAACCACACCUGGGAACCUGCCACAAAUUUUACAUCCAAGUGUUUCAGUUGCCUAAUGAGCAAACGAAAACGCUGAUGUUUUUCGAAGGCUGCCCCCAGCACCUGGGCUGCACCAUCAAGCUGCGUGGCGCGGGGGAUUACGAGCUGGCUCGAGUGAAGGAGAUCCUUAUUUUCAUGAUCUGUGUGGCUUAUCAUUCCCAGCUGGAGAUCUCCUUCCUUAUGGAUGAGUUUGCGAUGCCUCCAGUGCUGGCCAGACAUGGCUCCUUCCACUGUCUGCCUGAAGGGCAGGAGGAAGAAAACGGACAGCAAGAUACUUUGAACAGAGAAAGCAGCACAGCAGGAAAAGAUGCAGACGGGGUCCCCGACAAGCUGCCCGCUAUCUCAGAAUUGGUGUCCUCAGAUGAGAUGGGCUCCCUGGAACAAAGGACUUUGACAGAAGAGGAGGGCCAGGAGAUGGGCGAUCUACAAGCAUUUGCCCCACAGAAACAGCAUUUGCACUUCUUAAUGAAUUCUGCAUAUAGAGUCCCUUUUGUAACGCCAGUGUUGGUGCCAGAGACAUUGUUACCCCUCGAGCUGACUGACCAACACUUGGGGAUUUUGGACAGUGAGCCUCUGGAGAGUCUGAGGCACAUGGACGACUUCCAGGAGCCCAAAAGUCAGAUCAGGGAAUUUCGGGACCCUUUGCAGGAUGACACUGGAUUGUAUGUUACAGAGGAAGUGACGUCUUCAGAAGACCGGCUCAAAACCUUCUCCUUGGCUUUUAAGCAAGAGCUGAAGGACAUUAUCCUCUGCGCCUCCCCGGUGAUCAAGUUCCGCGAGCCCUUUCUGCUGACGGAGAAAGGCAUGCGCUGCCCCACCAGGGAGUAUUUCUUGGAGCAGGUCUAUGUGUCUCCUCGGCUCAGCAAGGAGUACAAGGAGAUGGACAGCAGAAGGAAGAAGCAGCUGUUAAGGGACCUGUCUGGCUUGCAAGGCAUGAAUGGAAGCGUCCCGGCCAAGCCUGUCCAGAUAUUACCUUCCCACCAGCUUGUCAGCACCCGGAUCGCUGAGCAUCUGAACAGCAGCCAUAGCCUGGCCAGAAUGUUGGCCGACUUCCGGGCCAGAGGAGGAAGGAUUGUGCAAAAGGACUCGGACCCAUUUGCUCAGUCUUCUAAAGAGGCAUCCGGCAUGAAAUUUGGACUCAGGAGUGAUGACGACGACAGAGGGUUCAUUCAGAACGAAUCCUUAUGGUCUCAUAAAGUGGACUGUCUUAGCCCUGCAAACCAUCAGAGGCUCUGCGUCUUGUUCAGCAGCUCUUCAGCCCAAUCCAGCAAUGCUCCAAGUGCCUGCGUUAGCCCAUGGAUGGUGGUUAUGGAGUUCUAUGGAAAGAAUGACCUCACUCUGGGUGUGUUUCUAGAAAGGUAUUGCUUCAGGCCUUCCUACCAGUGCCCAAGCAUGUUCUGUGAUACCCCAAUGGUGCACCACAUCCGUCGCUUUGUCCAUGGGCAAGGCUGCGUCCAGAUCAUACUGAAGGAACUGGACUCCCCAGUGCCGGGCUAUCAGCACACGAUUCUAACCUACUCCUGGUGUAGGAUGUGCAAGCAGGUAACACCAGUAGUUCCGCUUUCCAAUGACUCCUGGUCCAUGUCCUUUGCCAAAUACCUUGAGCUGCGCUUUUACGGGCACCAAUACACCCGAAGGGCCAACGCGGAGCCCUGUGGGCACUCCAUACAUCACGACUACCACCAGUACUUCUCUUACAAUCAGAUGGUGGCCUCUUUCAGUUAUUCUCCUAUACGGUUGCUAGAAGUGUGCGUUCCAAAUCCCAAGAUCUACAUAAAACGUCAGGUUCCGCAUAAGGUUGCCAUGCUUCAAGACCUGAAGGAUUUUUCUCAAAAGGUGUCUCAGGUAUAUAUUGCCGUCGAUGAACGCCUCACCUCUCUGAAAACAGAUACUUUUAGCAAAACAAGAGAGGAGAAGAUGGAGGAUCUUUUUGCCCAAAAGGAGAUGGAGGAAGUUGAGUUUCGCAACUGGAUAGAGAAAAUCCAAGCUAGGAUGCUUUCUUCGUCCCUUGACACUCCUCAGCAGCUGCAGUCAGUUUCUGAAUCUCUAAUAGCCAAAAAACAGAGCCUCUGUGAGAUGCUGCAAGCCUGGAAUAAUAGGUUACAAGAUCUCUUCCAGCAGGAGAAAGGGCGGAAACGCCCCUCAGUGCCGCCUAGCCCUGGGAGACUGAGGCAAGGCGAAGACAGCAAGAUCAGCUCAAUGGAUGCCUCUCCUCGCAAUGUUUCUCCAGCACUACAAAAUGGCGAGAAAGAGGACCGUUUCUUGACAACCUUGUCGAGCCAAAGCUCCACAAGCUCUUCCCUUCUUCAGCUCCCUACCCCUCCAGAAGUCGUGUCGGACCAGCUGACAGGAGGAACCUCUUUUGCCAACGCACAGUCAGAAGCAGACAUCGCUAGCGGCUCGGAAGAUGUCUUUGAUGGGCAUUUGCUGGGGUCCACAGACAGCCAGGUGAAAGAAAAGUCCACCAUGAAAGCUAUCCUAGCUAAUUUGUUACCUGGAAAUAGCUACAGUCCCAUCCCAUCCCCUUUUGAGCCUGACAAGCAUUACUUAAUGUAUGAGCACGAACGUGUCCCUAUUGCUGUCUGUGAGAAGGAACCAAGCUCCAUCAUAGCCUUUGCUCUCAGCUGUAAGGAAUACAGAAAUGCCUUAGAUGAAUUGUCCAAAAUGUCUCUGAAGAGCAAUCCUGAAGAGGGACUCCAAACUAACAGUCUGGCUGAAAGCAGAGCCAAGAACAGCAGUCCAGUUCGACUACCUGAGAUGAAUAUGGGGCAGUCAAGCCAAACAACUGAGGCAGAGCAGCCAAAGAAGCCAUAUGGAGUUCUGUCCUUCUUCCGUGGUACAGGAGGGAAGAGCCCCGACCUCUCUUCUCAGAAAAAGGAGACCUUGCGGGGAGCAGACAGUGCCUACUAUCAGGUUGGGCAGACAGGCAAAGAAGGGGGAGAGAACCAAAGUGCGGAGGCUCAAGACGAAGCAGAUGGAGGAGAUGCACAAAAGAAACAGCUGGGAAAUCCACAUGUUGAACUCCAAUUCUCUGAUGCCAAUGCCAAGUUCUACUGCCGGAUUUACUACGCGGGAGAGUUCCAUAAAAUGCGUGAAGUGAUACUUGGGAGCAGCGAAGAAGAUUUUAUCCGUUCCCUCUCUCAUUCUCUGCCCUGGCAAGCACGGGGAGGCAAAUCUGGAGCUGCUUUUUAUGUGACUGAAGAUGACCGAUUUAUCUUGAAGCAGAUGCCUCGCCUUGAAGUCCAGUCCUUUCUAGACUUCGCCCCACACUAUUUCAUGUACAUCACUAACGCGGUUCAGCAAAAGAAGCCAACGGCUUUGGCCAAGAUUCUUGGGGUUUACCGGAUUGGUUAUAAGAACUCUCAGAACAACACGGAGAAGAAGCUUGACCUGUUGGUCAUGGAAAACCUCUUCUAUGGCAGAAAGAUGGCUCAGGUUUUUGACCUGAAAGGCUCCUUACGGAACAGGAAUGUGAAGACGGACACAGGGAAAGAGAGCUGCGAUGUUGUUCUGCUGGAUGAAAACCUCUUGAAGCUUGUGCGGGACAACCCCUUGUACAUCCGUUCUCACUCCAAGGCCGUGCUCAAGGCUUCCAUCCACAGUGAUUCCCAUUUCCUUUCCAGCCAUCUCAUCAUUGAUUAUUCUCUUCUUGUGGGCCGGGAUGACACCUCCGACGAACUUGUGGUUGGGAUUAUUGAUUACAUUCGCACAUUUACUUGGGACAAAAAGCUUGAGAUGGUGGUUAAGUCAACAGGCAUUUUAGGAGGACAAGGUAAGAUGCCAACGGUAGUAUCUCCAGAACUGUACCGGACGAGGUUUUGUGAAGCAAUGGACAAGUAUUUUUUGAUGGUGCCAGAUCACUGGACAGGGCUGGGCCUGAACUGCUAAGGUAAGGCACCUCCUCAGGGCAUGGGAUGGGACGCUGCCUUCUGAUUAAUUAGUAAAGAACUCGAGCGAAGGCUGUCCUUCCACACAUCCAGCCCCCAACUCAGUGUCUUCAAUAGCAGCUAAAAGAUCUUCAGCCACUGCCUGCAGAAACUGGCGUAUCAAAAGAAGCAAGUCUGCACUUUAGGUGCUGGAAUGUUAAUGGAAGAGGCCGGAGGAGAGUCUUCAGAAUCUGAGCGGGACUCUAUCUUUGGAAAGACACAGGCGAUCCCAUCAAAUAGAUCGGCCAGGAUGAGCCUUCCGCAGAUUACAGUAAAUCCCACUGGAGUUCCUGAUGACGUCUUACACAGAGGGCUCUUGCACCACAGAAUAAAGUGUCUUAAUAGGAAAUAACAGUGGGCACAUUGGCCCCAAAUCAGACUGUUGCAGUGAGGAUAUUACAGUCUCUUUUUAAAGCAUCACAAUCAUGAGGAGCUCUGUACCUCUCUUACGAAUGCCACUGCUGUCAUGAGGGUUGAUUUUCUGUUAAGCGUUAUUAUUGCGUGUUCUCUCUGUUAUGCACUGAUGUUGUUUUGCAGGUUUCCAUGAGCAGUAUUAGAGGAUUUUACCAGCAUUCCACUCCCAUCAUCUGAAACCUUGCUUUUCUUUUAAUGGUGUCAAACUUCCCGGCAGUCAAAUAUUUUACUGAAGGGCAACUUCAGUAAUGGCAGCUUGGAUUUUAGUGUACAGCAGUAAAUAGAUCUGCCCUCUUUUCAGAUGAAAUACACUAGCAAUACAAAUUUUCUCCAGAAGAAGGUCCUUGACUAGCUACUGCAUUUGUGUAUUGAAAAGACCUUCUCCCCCAUCCACGAGUUGCACUUUGUUGUUUUUCAUUAGUACUCCCCCUCCCCCCUUUAAAUGGCUGCCUUAAAGAAUCAAGUCUGUAGUGUCCUUUUCCCUGGUUUUGUUUUGUUUUUCGUUUCAGCACCAUUUUGUAGAACAUAAUGGGUCUCUCUACUGAACACACACAGGUUUUGUAAACAGACCUGGCUGAUUAAACAAUCAUUCCUUUGACACUAGGUGCUCUGAACAAACAGCUGAACUUAGAUGGUGUGAGUCAGCCGUAGGUAUGUGGAGAUUGGGGUGUUUUUGCUACCUGAGAAUAAGCACUUAUGAUUGGUUUUUUGUAAAUAGGAAACAUUUACUUUAUUUUUUACAUAAUAAUGGCCAGUAAAACUAAGGGUGUGUUGUAGUUAAGGAGGCACGGCUGACAUUGUCCCCGAACCUUAAUAGUUGUCUGGAAUAUUGGUUUGAGCACAGAUUGUAUGCAAUGGCUGAGAUUAGUUUACCUUUAUAGUCCCUCUUCUCCCUGCAGCAGGAUUCCCCAAACCAAGGAUGGAGAGGAUUUUGGCCCUCCAGAUAUUGUUCCCCUAUGACCCCAUCCGGUCCAGCUGGCAUGGCCAGAGCUCAGCCACAUUGGGAGCUGUUGUCCCAGCAUCCUCUGGGUUUCCCAACCCUUUGGCUACGAACCAUUACGAGUGUAAAGUCUGUGGCCAUAAUAAGCAGCACUGCUGCGUUACCUCCCUGUAAAAGCCUCCCACUCAAUAUAUGUGACCCCCUGUAUCAUGUAAAGUGGGCAGAGUUCUCUGUUGAAAGCCAAGAAGCCACCUUAAAAGCACAUCCAUUAAGCCAGGCAGGCAUAUAGGGUGAGAACAUUGACCUCUGUACAUCAGUUAGGAGUUUAGUUCUGGCUUAGGUUGACAAUGAAAGCACAGAGCUGUCAUAUCUGGGGUGUACGCUGGCCUGUUACAGCCUUCUGCUAACUGGUCUGCCCCAGAUGUUCUGCACUACCAACACCCAUCAGAACCCAGCCGGCAUG